GCAUUGACUGUAGCUGUGUUCUGUGCUUAACAGCUUCCGUGAGGAAAUGCGUGUGUUUAAAAGGAUCCGUGCAGUGAAGAAAAUGGAGAUGCGAUUAACGCCGACGGACCAACUCAAUUUGGCCUUGUUUGGGGUGGACCUCAUUAGAAUAAUACCCAGUGUUAUUUGCAAGUGUAUAUUUUAAAACGUUAUGUCGAUAGAGAAUAUUGUUGUAGUUAGUGUUCGGUUGGUUGUGUCUAUAAACUUUGAACAUGAUCACUGCCAGUUCUUCAGCUUUUGAAAUGGCUAAUAUAAGUGCAAGUGACAGAUGAGAGCAAUAAUAAAUCAAUCAGAACAUAAUAUUUUUGGGAUUGAGACAUAAUACUUUCAUCAUUGACAUGAGAUGUCAGUGAAAUUGGUUACGGUUACAAUUUGACCUUAUGAAACCACAGCAAAAAAUACAGAUUUUCAACGUCCCCAAAAAAUACAGAUUUUUAUCUUUCACUUAGAACUGAAAAUGAACAUGGCUUUAAUGUCAGACACCAUUUCAACACCCAGAGGAGUCGUCUUUUCAACAUCCCUAAAAUAUCUAUUUUAAACUUUCACUUACAACUGAAAAUGAACAUGGUUCCAAUGUCAGAUGUUUUUUCAACAUCAUUUAAUGUCAUUUUGCUUACUGGGCUACCAAGAAAGAAGACAUUUAAAAAUAUAUAUUCACAGCCUACUAAAGGACUUCUUUUGUAGUUUGUUCAUUUCAAAUAUGUUUCACUGAGCAACACACAGUAGAAAAACAAGCAGUGCUAUUUUAGAUGAUGUAGUUGAUUGAUUAAUAGUUACUAUUUUCCUCAGACUGAUUAUGCAAGCCCCUACACAGCAGUGAGCUCGUAGACUGAAGUGCAAUAAUGGCAGAGGAACCUGAUGAACUGCCUGUUGAAAAAUGGACUGACUCCCACGUGAGCUCCUGGUUAAGAACUAUUGGAGUGAAGGAGCAAUACAUCAAGAAGCUUUAUGAGGAAGAAGUAGAUGGGAGAAUUCUCCUUGUACUGACUGAGGACUAUCUGAGAAAAGAGAUUGGAAUGAAAUCAGGACCAGCUCUGUUGAUCAUCAGAAAGAGAAAUGAGCUUGUAGACACCAAACAGACAACUCAGGGCAAGGAAAAGCCUCAAAGUAGCAACAAUAGUGAACAGGAAAGUAAAAAGAAGAAGCAGGGAUCAGCUCCCCAGAUUCCAGAGACAGAUCAAGGUCUUUCAGAGGAAGAGAAACAAACUCAUCAAGGACAAUCUGUUGAGGACAAUGUGUUAACCACAAAGAGAGACUGCAAGCCACGGCCAUUUGGCAAAGAAGGCAUUGAUUUCACAUAUGUCAAACAUAGUGUUCUGCAACCUGAAUCUGGUGUAUUUGAUCUGAUAUCUCCCUGUCAUGAGUAUAAGUCAUUUGACAAUGCUGCCAAAUUGGACCGCACAAGACUACAGGCUAAAUUUGCCAAAGAGGUUCUCAAAUUCGGUACUGGCUGCAUGAAUAUCAGAUCAAAUGGCACAAUACACUUUGGUGUAAUGGACAGUAGGGAUGAUGCAGGCUAUGUGCAUGGUGAGAUAAUCGGUGUUCCGGUUUUUGAGAAAGAUAUAUAUGUUGAUGCAUUGGAUCACAUUGAGAGGAGUUUCUCCUCUCGCUCUGACAGUGAGCAUGUGCGACAGUGCAUACGCCCACCUCAGUUUAUUGAGGUCAUGGACAUAGAAAAAAGGUAUGUGGUGGAGGUUGAUAUUGUUCCCUCCAUAAGCAUUGUUAAGAACCGAGUGUACUCUGUUCGCCUGCCAAACUUCAAAGAGUCCUCUAACAAGAUUGAGCAUGAAAAGGAAACAAUCUAUCGCAGGGUAGGAUCAAAAACCGAGCCAGUGAGUGAUCAAAAUGACUUCUACCAGCGAGUCAGAGACAGAGAUGCCCAAAGAGAAGAGGCUGAGCAUUGUCGAUAUGUUAACACCCCGGACAUCUGCCAAGACCUCGGAAGGAAACUCACCAUGCUGAUAACCAGUGGCAAGAAAUUCAUUGAAAAGGAGAAAUGGUACAUUCUUGUCACUAACAAGUUCCAACCAGAUGACUUGAGCAGCAUUGCCUUCUUGCUCAACAUGAACAUUUUCUGUGUGUUCGAUUUUGACCCUGAUUCCAAAGUGUCAGGAUUCUGCAGUAAAUACAUUCAGCAUCAUGCUGCAAAUAUGCAUUUCAUGCAGAACUACAAAAUCCCAGAUGGCAUGAGCAUUGGAGACUUUGUGAGUCACCUGCAUUUGUUUGAGCAAACCAGCUGGAUCUUUUGCAAUGGACGGAAUGACUAUCAAGGAAAUGAAAGUCCCUCCGGUGAAAUGACAUGGAUCAAAACAAAAAUGACACUCCUCAGGGAUUCCGUGUCACUGAUCUGCAAACAGAUUUUGCCAAAAGGCACAUUCACUGUGGUCUUCCUUCUCACCUCCCCAGUCGAGAAACCACUCUUGCACACCUUCAAUGUAUUCUUCACUGACAUGGAGGGUCAUGAUGACAUCAUCUGUAUCUCAGAAUCUGAAGACAACUAUCAGAAAUGGCAACACUUUGCUGAGCUCUCAUGUGGAACAGACACAGUGAACCGCUCCAGUGUUGUUGGGAUGAAAAUGAGCCAUGUUGAUGCCACACUUCAACGUAUUCAACAUGUCACCACUAGAGCAACCAAACAUCUGUCUACCCAUGUUAAAGGACAGUGCCCUUUUGAGACCCGUGACGAGGAAAGGAUGUAUUCUCUAGAGAUUCUCAGUGUUUACCAUUGUGAUGAAAGUAGUGAUGACUUUAUCAAGGCAGAGAAAGAAAACAUUGAAAGACAGUUUUACCACGGGGGCAGGGUGAGCUGGAUGAAUUUUUGGCUUGCAGAGAAGAAGUUUGUGGGGGAUGUCAUUCAACGGGAUGCCUACUGGGACGUCUCAAAACUUCUCAGCGACACUCAGAAGUGGAGUAUAGACCAAUUAGCUGUGAACAGUAUCAACAUCUACCAUCACCCAGGAAGCGGUGGAAGCACAGUGGCAAGGCAGGUGCUGUGGAACAAUAGAAAAGACCUAAGAUGUGCUGUUGUGAAACCGUCAUACUCUGCUACCAUAGUCUCUGAGCAUGCUGUUCAACUUAGAGAAUACGAAGAAAAAGAUUCCCAGAAAUGCCUCCCAGUACUCCUGUUGGUUGAGGACUGUGACAAAGAACAUCUGGGUGAUUUGAAGCAUGAAUUAGAGGUUGCAAGCUACACUAAAAAAAUUGCGCCAGGAACACUGUGUUUCAUUCUGUUGAGCUGCAGACGAUCCCAUAACCCAGAGAAGAUGUGCAAGGACUUGCCAUUGCAGAAUGUAGCUGUCACUCACAAACUAUCAAAAGAAGAGAAGAGACAGUUUGCUGGGAAAAGGCAGAAGCUUGAAGAACAGUACCAGCCAGAAUUCAUCUUGACAUUCGUCUUGAUGAGUGAAGAAUUUGAGCACAAGAAGAUUGUCAAGUAUGUUGAACAAUUUGUGAAACAUCUGCUGCAAGGCAUUGACCAUGGAUCUGUUGUCACUCGCCUCAUUCGUUAUGUGGCAUUGCUGAACACAUAUGUUCAGAACUCCUUCAUUUCCCAGUCCCACUGUGAAUCUCUGCUAGCUCUAACUAUUCACAUGGAUAGGUUUCGCCAGCAUAUGUUUGAGAGGUCACUGAGUGAGCCGGCCAAACUCGUCUUCAUACACCUGAGAGAUGACAGAACAUAUAUUGAAUCAAUCCGAAUCAUUCAUCCAUUUGUAGCAAAGGAAAUUCUCCAGCAGCUUUUGGGUGACCACCAGCAAGGUCAAGGGACUCAAGGCAGAUUAGCAAUGGAUCUUCUUCAUGAGGAUGUGCUUUUCGAACACAGGUUUGGAAAAGAGGAUUACUUGAAGUUUCUGCGAGACCUGUUCAUGAAGCGUUGCAGAAUAAGCAAAGGUGAUGAAUCUGACAGCUUUUUUUCUCCACUCAUUGAGCAUGUGAGUAAAAAUGAUGGCCCUGACAGAGCAAUUGAGCUUCUCAGAGAGGCAUAUAAACGUUUCAACAAAGAUCCAUUCUUUGCUCAGCAGCUUGCCCGUCUGAACUACAGACACAACAAAUUUGAAGAGGCAGAACAGUGGGCAGAAAUAGCAGGCAAAAAGAUGCCUAACAACUCCUACAUCCUGAACACCAAAGGUCAGGUCUACAGGAGCUGGUUCAAUGCCAAGUGUAAAGCAAUAGAGAACGUCCCAAAGACCGUAGAAAACACAGCAGAUGCAGUAGAAACUGCACUGAAAGCUAUGGAAUGCUUCCAAGAAUGUGAGCAGGCCGCAAUCGCAGACCAUAACUCCAUGAACAAUUCAGGCUUUUUUGCAGCUGUUGAAGUCGGAUUCAGCUUGUUAAAGCUAAUUUCCUCACUGCGUGUGUUUUCAAACAAGGCACAUGGUCAUUCAGAAAGUUUGAAGUACUUGCUCACAGACUAUGUUCCUGAAGAAGUCAAGGAACCCUGGGAAUGUUUUCACAGCAAACUGAAGAACCUGCAAACUACUCUGCACGAAUCCCUUGAUUGGAUCUCAGAAGACCUGAGUUACUUUCAAGCUGACAUUGGUGCGGAUGAGGAGGAGACUAUUGAAAGUUCUGAGAUGAAGAUAUUCAAUCCCAUGAAGUGGUUAGUGAGACAGUCCUCUGAAUAUGGGAAGUACUUCAGUGACUUUUCACUCAGCACUGCCCAAAAAACAUCAGAGUCCAACCUAGUCCAAACUCCUUUCACAAAACGCAUGAUAAUCUAUCGCCUUGGUGGUGGAAAUAUAACCACAAUCUUAUCCCUCCUGACUGACCAGAAGGAUAAAGACCAAGUGAAAGUGCUGGAAGAUAUCAUAUUUCUGUAUUCUACCAACCCUCUGAGGGUGAGGAUGGAUCAGAUGGAUCUGGUCAAUUACAUAGCAUCUCACAUUGCCCUAAGCUGCCUUUCUACUCUGUCUCCAAAACUGGCUACUCUCAAAGAUCUUCAGAAACUUAGUCAGCAAUUUCCUAAAGAGAAACAGAAAUGCCUUUCAAGUGCUCUUUUCUUACUCACAUUGCUGUUUUGGCCAGAAGAGCAUGACACGGAUCAAGACAAAGAGAGCAAAUAUGACAUUGUACAGUCAGCUGUUGAAUUCCUGAAAAGAAGCUACUGGACCAAAAUGAAGGAUAUUCCACAGCGAAAAAGGAGGAUUUACACUCAUUUUUUCCUGGGGAAUGGAACUGGAUGGGAGAAGAUUGUCCACAAAAGCAAAGUUGAAAUGACCACAAAGCUCCUCUCUGUGUCAGUGAAAAGAAUGAAGUGGUUUCGUGGGGAAAUGUGGACAACACCAGUGAUCACAAAGCUGUUUAAGCGUGUCUCUGGCUGGACAGAAGAUGGAACCGUCUACCUUGUGGGUCCUAAAAAGAAGUUCACUAUCCAUCCACUGUAUGCAGCGUCAGUUCCCUAUGGCAAUGAAAAUGUCACAUUCUACUUGGGCUUCACAUUCAGAGGACCUGUUGCGUACAACAUCACUGUGAAAAAGUAAGGUCGCAAUAGAAGGUAGAGAGGCCAGUUAGACAGAUGCUGCCAGACAAGGCAGCCUGUUAUUGAAUAUCUCUUUUUGUACACUUUGUCAACACUUUGGACCAACAAAAAUGUAUGUACAGAACUUUUACAACACAAAUAUAUUUAAUGGUUUUGGUUGUUGAAAAUGUGUUUUCAGUUUGUCAGAAGACUAUGACUGUAAUGCUUCCGAUCACAGAUUGUAGCCUACAUACAUGGCUAUUGUGUAUAUAUGUUUGAAUAAGUUAUAGCAAGUGAAGUCCAUUUGGACCGACAAUAUUAAAGGAAUUUGAUGUGAACUUAUGCAGAUAUGAGAUGUCUUUUUUUGUUUCAUUCUUAAAGAACAUUGUAUAUUUUUAUAUUAUAACUUAUCUUAUUCAUCAAGCCUGUGUAAUAUUAUAUGUAUUGUUACCAAACAGUAAUCUAUUAUGGCUAAUCAACCGGGGACUUUUCUCAUACAUUUUUUAAAAUAGUUUACCCUGUGAAAUGGCCCCCUCUAUAACAUUUUCAAAUUCCUAUGAAUUUUUAUCUAUUUUCUUCUAACCAGUUUCAAUAUUAUGUUGCCUUUUUUGUAUGAUGAGUGACUAGUGCAAAGAUGGAGUUUGUUUUCAUUGUGUUAUUAAAAUACUCAUCUAUUAAAGUUUUCAUAACUUUA